UUGUAAAACAUGACCAACUAUGGAGGCAAUCGUCAGCUGAGCACACGCAGCUCCGAUAUUGAUGCCCUCGCCCAGCGUGGCUAUAAUAUUGGCCAUAAGAUCGGCGAGGGCUCCUAUGCGACUGUCAUAACCGCUGGCUAUGCUGAUGAAGCUGGGCAUGGCGUUAAUUUGGCAUGCAAGAUCAUCGAUAAGGCGAAAGCACCCACCGACUUUGUGCACAAGUUCUUUCCGCGUGAACUGGAGAUACUGACAAAGCUGGAUCAUCCAAAUAUCAUACAGAUCCAUAGCAUUUUGCAACGCGGCCCCAAAAUCUUUAUAUUCAUGCGUUACGCCGAAAAGGGUGAUCUAUUGACGCACAUCAAGAAGACGGGCCCCAUCGACGAGAAACAGUCGAAGGUCUGGUUCUUUCAAAUGGCGAAAGCUCUCAAGUAUCUGCACAGUCACGACAUUGCCCAUCGGGAUCUCAAGUGCGAGAAUAUAUUGCUGUCGAAGCGACUAAAUGUCAAAUUGGCCGAUUUUGGUUUUGCGCGAUAUUGUCGAGACGAGUCCGGACAUCAAUUGAAAUCGGAAACAUAUUGCGGCUCCGCCGCCUAUGCAGCACCGGAGGUGGUCUGUGGUGUGCCAUACGAUCCAAAGAUGGCCGAUGCCUGGUCGUUGGGCGUUAUACUGUUUAUAAUGAUGAAUGCGAAAAUGCCUUUUGAUGAUAGUAAUCUGACCAAAUUGCUGGAGGAUCAGCGCGGCAAGAAGUUUUCGUUUCGCCGCAAGCUGCAGGAUGUAAUAUCACCGCACGCCAAGGCGACGGUGUCUGUACUGCUGGAACCAGACGCAUCGACUCGUUGGGAUCUACACGAAAUACUUAAUUGUAGCUGGUUGAUCUCUAUGGAGGAACCGCGUCCGUCGGCUUCCAACUGAAUCGAGCAUGUACAU